UUUGCACUAAGCUAACUUAGCCAGCCAGACACCUCCGAGCACUUCAGUGAGCACAGUUUAAGCUAGUAAGCUUUAACAACCAGUCUUUACGUAGGAAGGGUAACGUAUAUCAUUUUAUUUUGAUGGCUAAAACUGCUGUAGUGACUGGCUAACUUGGUGUAGGUUAAACAUCUGGGAGGAACAUCACAGCAGCCUCUCCCAGUGUCCAUUUCUCGCUGUAGUGUCGUCAAGAUGUCAGCUUUCUCCGAGGCGGCUCUAGAAAAGAAACUAUCCGAGCUCAGCAACUCACAGCAAAGUGUGCAGACGUUAUCACUGUGGCUCAUUCAUCAUAGAAAACACUCGAAGACUAUAGUCAAUGUUUGGAUCAACGAACUGAAAAAAGCUCAGGUGUCACGCAAGCUGACCUUCCUUUACUUGGCCAAUGACGUCAUUCAGAACAGCAAGAAGAAGGGACCGGAGUUCACUCAGGACUUUGCUCCGGUCAUCGUUGAUGCAUUCAAACAUGUUUACAGAGAUGGCGAGGAGGGCUGUAAGAAACAGUUGGGUCGGGUUUUGUCCAUCUGGCAGGAGAGAGCUGUGUAUGAGAACAACCUGCUGGAUCAGCUCUCACAUGUCCUCUAUGGAGAAAAGAAGGCAAAGAAGCGGUCGUAUGAGGAGAUCCGACCAGAUGAUGAGGAUUUUGGUUCUCAGAGCUCCCCAGCCGAGCCCCCACAGACUGCGGAGUUAAUCCGAGCUCUGCAGGAGCUGGAAAAUGCAGCCUCUGGUGACUCAGUGCUGCGUCAGCGCAUCUCCUCCCUUCCUGCAGAGGUGCAAGACAUGUCACUGCUUCACAGGAUCACAGAUAAGGAAUCAGGAGAGCGGCUGUCCCGGCUGGUGGAGGAGGCCUGCAUGUUGCUCGCAGACUACAGCGGUCGCUUGGCGGCAGAGAUUGAUGACAGGAGGCAGCUCACACGCACACUAACGGUCUUCCUGCAAAGCCAGAAGGACGGGCUGGCCCAGAACGAGCAGAAACUCGAAGAAUACAAACGCAAACUGGCAAGGGUGACCCAGGUCCGGAAGGAGCUGCGUUCACGUCUGAACAAUCUUCCAGGAGGCCUCUACAACUCCUCAAACUGACUCAAAUCUCACCUUCUGACCCUCCUGCUACUGAAACAUCUCAACCUGGCUCUUAAGAUACUGGAUCAUUGACAUUGCCAUACUCUUCUGUUCUCCAAUUUGGAACGUGUCUUUGUGGUGACCCGUGGUUCUUAUUUUGUCUUUUACAGAUUAUUUAUCCACAUGGCUUUUAUCAACAGAAAUUACUUCUUUUUUUCUGUCAGUACUGUAUGUCUGUACUGUUUGUUAAUGAAGCUUCAUAAUCAUCAGAUGCAGGCCCCUCAUGCUUUGGCUCCUGCCCGUUUAAGUUUUUACAGCUUUAAAGUGGCAUAGAUGAUGCUGGUGUGAUAUUUUUGUAUGUAUAGUGACUUAAGAUAAUGCACCAGAAAAUAUCCCUUUAUCGUUUAUAAUGAUUUUCCGUCUUUUGGAUUGCCUUCAUAACUUUCUUUUAUAACUGUAAAUGCAUCUGUCUAACACUUGGUUAUGAAUCAUUGUUUUUAUGCAGUGUGAUGAUGACCUCUGAAGAGAAUGGUACACGUGAAAUUAUUGGGAAACCAUAUUCUGAUGCUGAGUAGUGAGCCAUGUCCCUGAGAGCAAAUCAAAAUGUGUAAUUAUCAUUUUGCCUCUUUGUGAUAGGGCUGUGUGAGCCGUGGGUCAGUGUACAUACUCAGAUUUGCAUGUAAAUAUGGGAGUUACACAUAUAAGUGCUUAUGAUCUUUGUCCAUGUCAACAUGGCUUGUGAAAUGUUCAUUGAGACAAAUAACUGAGGUAUCUCUGUACCUCAUAGACCUCCACUGUACCGAAACAAUGAGUGAAAGGGUCCUUUGUCUUGUUUACUGUAUCAUACUGCUUCAUAGAUUUAUCCUUGAGUCUACUGAAUGAUGUGCAGAUGCCUCACACAGCUUGAUAGGAACCCCAGUUUCCAAAGCCUCAUUUAAGCUGUUUGUUUUUGUACAUAGAGAGAAAUUCUUCUUAGAACCAAAUAAACACUAA